AUGGGCUCCGUCGCCGCCGCCUCCUCCUGCUCAACCGUACUCUCCUCCUCCCUCUCAACUCCAUUCCGAGCAAGGCUACUGCUGCGGCCGGGCCACUCGGGAAGCCGGUCGGAGGACGCGCUGGGUUGUUGUCGGCUCGGAAGGCGGCCCGGCCAGCGGAUCAGGGAGGGUCAGGCGGCCCGCACAGUUCGACGCGUCGAUGUGCGGGCUCGCGUUCGCGGCGGUGGCGGGGGUGAUAAUGCUCCAGGGUCGCAGCAGGCGCUUGCCGCCGCGCAGUUCGCCGGCCUGCAGCCGGCGGACGUGCUGGGGAUCUCAGGGACAUCAGUACAGGCUUUCCUGUUGAUCUUCUUUUCUGAGCUAGGGGACCGAACAUUCUUUAUUGCGGCACUGUUAGCGGCUAGAAGUUCUGGAGCAGUCAUUUUUCUUGGCACAUUUGGAGCUCUUGCGGUAAUGACCGUUAUAUCUGUAGUUCUUGGUCGAGCAUUCCACUAUGUUGAUGGCAUCAUCCCAUUCGGCUUUGGUGGUACUGAUUUUCCAGUUGAUGACAUUGCUGCGGCAUGUCUGUUGGUUUAUUAUGGGGUUACUACAUUACUUGAUGCAGCCUCAGGUGAUGAUGAAAAGAUCAAUGAGGAGCAAGAGGAGGCCGAGUUAGCAGUAUCGAAAUUUUCUGGAAAUGGUUUGGGUGUCAUGUCUGCUGCUGCACUUGCGGCAGCUUCAUCCCCUCUGGGUGUCAUUGCAGGAUCACUUGCUGGUCAUGCCAUUGCAACAUUGAUUGCAGUUCUUGGUGGCUCUUUGCUGGGAACAUUCCUGUCUGAAAAGAUUGUAGCAUACAUUGGAGGGAGCCUGUUCUUGGCCUUUGCUGCGAUUACCAUAGUUGAGAUAGUGACUUGA